UAGACCCAGAGCGCCCGAGAGCCAGAGAGAGGGAGGUAGCAGCCACUUAGAGUAAAAAACUAAUGAAAAGGGGCAUUUUCUUUAACAGAAGAAAAAAUAAUUAUUAGAAUUAAAGAUGCCUUUGUACAUUUUUAAGGAGCCGAGGCCUUUAGAAAAUGGAUUUUCAUCCUGAGGAGAAGGACGAGCGCACAUUUUUUAGGGUACUUUGAGCUGCGCAUUGGCAUUUUGGUGGAAAAGGAUAAUCAAAAUACACUAUAAAAAGGAUUCGAAGUAACUGUGGAUGGAGGGAUCUGGCAGUCCUCGAUUCAGAAAACUCCAUUUCCCAGUGGGUUUGUGGAUCAACUCCCCCAGGAAACACUUUGCAAAGCUUGGUGGUCGUUGGCCCAGCGCGCUCUCUGUCAAGUCGACUACCAGCUCUGACGCAGCCUCUCUCCACGAGGCCCCCUCUGCUCCUUCCUCUUCCCUUUCUAACUCCACCCCCUCGCUGGCUUCCCCGACCCCAUCCCCAUCUCCUUCCCCGGCCUUCCUCAGGCCGCGGCCUGCUGCACCCCAGUCCCGUGCUAAGCGCCUUUCCCAUCUCUUCUUACGGGGGCGUUCCAACAGUGACCGGGACCGGGCAGUGGGAGAGAAGGAGAGAGAAGUUUGGGCUCAUUCGGCAGCCCCCUCCUCCCACCACUACUUGCCCCCUGCUUCUUCCUCUGCCCCAGGCCUGAUCAAAAUCUAUGGAGAUGCACUCUCCAGUGGAGCCAAUUAUCGCUCCCUGCUGGCAAACAUACACUCCACAGCCAGGCAACUCAUUGCCCAGGUCAUCACUCGCUACACUGAAAGAGAGCGGGAGGAGACAGAUGACGCAGUUCUCCAGAAACACAGCCCUGAAGACUUCCUAUUGUGUGAUGUCAUUGGAAAGCCCAUCCAGCAGCCAGAUGGAGCUAUCAAAUGGGAGACAGAGUGCCGGAGAAGCGUUGCCCCGUGGGAAUGUCCGUUGUUGUUAGUGGACAUGUGGCGGCCUAAGGAUGGAUUUGAGCGACGCUUUGAAAUCCAAAGGAAGGAAGACUAUGAGAGAGAAGAGUUAGAGAGGGAGAAGGAGCGUGAGAGGGAGGGAGAGAACUACCAAGGUGUGCGCUGGCGGCGGAGCAGGAUGUCAUCAGGCGGCGGAGCAGAGGAGGGCGAACGGGGUCACCGUGGAAGGAACACAGAGCUGAGGAGGAGCAUCAGCGACAUGAACCUCAGUCUGCGACGUCGCCAAGGCAAUCACGUCAGCAACGACCCCCGCGGUUCUGGAAACCGGCCUAACAACAGCGGAGGGGUGUAUGACAGGAAGAACAUUGUGAGCAUGAUCAACCCACAGCCAGGAGAGAUCAGGGCGUCAAAAGCUGAAGGGAAGGUUGGAUGGACAAACCAGCCGGCAGAGGAUGAGAAGGAUUAUUCCAGCUGUGACCUGGAAGUGAUGUCACAAAGUCUGAUCCUUCCACCUACAGACCGCCCUUACUUCCUGUUGCUACAGGGUUACGAUCAGAGCAAGGAUUUUGUUUUGUACAUCAUGUCGGGACAUAUGCAUGUGUUUGGAAGGAAACCCACAAUAAGGGAGCGAGAGAAGGAUAGAGAAAGAGAGAGGAAGGGGAAGAGGCCGCUGAAGGUGGACACGUUCCUGUCUGCUCCUGACCUUUUGGCCAGACACUUACUAGUCCGGAGAGACUCCGCUGUUCCAGAGACACCCACUGGACAAGCCCUGAUGCGACCUUUCAGAGGAGGUGCAGUUACACACAAUGGAGUGGCCCUUUACAGGGAGACGGUCCUAAAGCCGGGCGAUGUGAUUGGUCUGGGGAACCACUUUCUUUUCUUGUAUCGUGACCCUCGUGUGACUCCGCCUCCACCACUGGCACUGACUUUGCCAUGGCAGGCUGAUGCCUCCACCACCUGCUGCCCUUCAGGGCUGGUGGACAGACAGGAAGCUCUGAGGCAGUACCUGGGCUCCACUGAGGCGGUUUUGAAAUUCCAUUCUCGUCACGCCGAUUCCUUGUUACAGGAGAUCAUCUCCAGAAAUUCCUCUCCAGACUCUGGGGGUGGGCCUUUAGCUCCUGCUUAUCUCCUGUCAAUCAUGAUAGAUCAUGCCUCCAAACACCUGGACCCUGCUCUCCUGCCACAGAUAUUACUCAAGUCAGCCAAUCUAAUAAAAGAAAUUGUGUGGGAUAACAUUAAGGAAUUUGGGGAUAAGCAUCCCACGCAAAAUUCAACAGAGCAAGAAGGAGAGAUAAGCACGCCAAACGUCCAGAAACUGUCAUCUGACCUUCGGCCCCUCAUGUUCUGGAUGUCAAAUGCCACGGAGCUCCUCAACUUCUUCCAGGUUAAAGUAGAAGCGAUGGAGAAAGAGUGGGAGUUUGAAGCCCCUGGGGAUCCAGUUUUGACAGCUGACAUGGACACCUGCUCAGAAGCUCUGGCACAGCUGGAUGAUGUCAUUAUGCACACCUUCCAGCAGUGUGUGUAUCACCUUACCAAGACGCUGUACUCCCUUCUUCCAGCCCUUCUGGACACCAACCCAUUUUCCAGCGAGGAGAAGGAGAAAGAGAAGGAUGGAGCUCAGGCUGCAGAGGGAGAAGAGAAAAGAGCAGGAGAAGAAGAGAUAGAUGAUGUGUCCGCCUUGCCGCCCAAGGUUGCUGGACUGGUGGAAGUGUAUCGCUGUUCCCUGAUGCUGUCACGGGAGGCAUGUCUUUCCCCACCGCUCACCUCGCAAACCUUCGGCUACCUCUUCUUCUUCACCAAUACCUCCUUGCUCAAUACUUUGCUGGAGAGAGACGGACUGUUUUCAUGGUCCAGAGCAGUACAGAUCCGUACAAACUUAGACCUGGUUCUGGACUGGCUACAGGGGGCAGGAUUAGGAGACAUCGCCUCAGAGUUUAUGAAGAAACUGUCAGUCAUAGUCAACUUCCUGUGUAUUCCCAAGACUCGACUCAUCCAGUCAUCCUGGGCCAGUCUACAGGAAGAACAUGCUUUGUUAAGUCCUUCUCAGCUGCACCACCUGCUCACCCAUUACAAGCUGGGACCCAGCAGAGCUCCACCGGCAUCCUGGGCCCCUCCGCCAGGCACUGAACUGAGUGGAGACAUCUUUGAGAGCUUUUUGGACCAUCCUCCUCUUAUCCUGCCAAAUGAGACACCACGCCUUGACCUCUCCCAGCCAAUCCCAAGCCCUGAGCUACAAAAAGAAGUUACACGUCUCCGCACCUUCUUGUGGGGACUCGACCAGGAUGAGCUCCCUGCCAAUCAGAGGACUCGGCUCUGAGGAAGCCCAUAUAUGUCUCUGUAUUGAUGUCUCACAGAAGUGAAAAGGGAUAUCACCUAAAACAUCAAACUGGACACCGGAAAAUAAUGCAAACCGGACGUGCUUUCUGUAUUUUUAUUGGCUGGUUGUUGCUUUUCUUCACACCUUCAUAUCAUCUCAUUUAUUCACUUAGAUAUUGUCUAGCUAAAUAAAUGUCCUGGCUCUGGUAUGCCUUUAUAGGAUUUGUUUGAAAGCAGUUAGGUAACAUAGUGUUGUGCUUUACAUGGCUGUUUUCCUUGGCUUCCGUGUAUGUUUUCAAACUGCUUGUUUUUAAUAAAACGCUGAAUUCUAGCCUAAAAGA